AUGAUAAGGUUACUACUAAGCAUUUUUUCCAUCCUAAUAAUGACAGAAUUUAUUCUGGGAAAUUUUGCCAAUGGCUUCAUAGCACUGGUGAACUGCAUUGACUGGAUCAAGAGACAAAAGUUGUCCUCAGCUGAUCAAAUUCUCACGGCUCUGGCGGUCUCCAGAAUUGGUUUCCUCUGUGUAAUAUUAAUAAAUUGGUAUACUACUGUGCUCCUUCCAGUUUUAUAUAGUUUAAAAGUAAGAAUUAUUUUUUGUAUUGCCUGGACAGUAAGAAACCAUUUUAGCAUCUGGCUUUCUACUAACCUCAGCAUAUUUUACUUGGUCAAGAUAGCUAAUUUCUCUAGUCUUAUAUUUCUUCACCUAAAGCAGAGAGUUAAAAGCGUACUUCUUGUAAUGCUGUUGGGGUCUUCGGUCUUUUCGGUUUCUUAUCUUGCAGAGCUAUUUGUAGAUGAUAAUAUGCAGACUACUGAGUAUGAAGAAAACAUCACUCAGAAGACCAAAUUGAGGGACAUGUUACACCUUUCAAAUAUGACUCUAUUCAUGGUAGUAAACUUCAUACCUUUUACUAUGUCCCUGACAUCUUUUCUGCUGUUAAUCAUUUCUCUGUGGAAACAUCUCAAGAAGAUGCAGCUCAAUGGCAAAGGAUCCCAAGAUCCCAGCACCAAAGUCCACGUAAGAGCAGUACUAAGUGUGGUCUCCUUUCUCUUGCUGUAUGCCUGUCACUUCCUGACUAUAGUUAUCUUCAUUUGGGCUUCUGUCAGGCCGCGGAAUGAACUGGUUCUCAUGCUUUGCGAGGCUCUGGCAAUGCUGUAUCCUUUAAGCCAUUCAUUUAUCCUCAUUUGGGGAAACAAGAAGCUAAGACAGGCCUUCAAAAAUAUAAGAAAGAUUAUAAGAUUAACAGAUCAUUAA